AUGACCAACUACGAGGCCCUCGUCGGUGGCGGCAGUGGCGGGCUGAUUGGUGCCAGUGGCGCAUCCGGUAAUGGAAGUCUGUGGUACUGGUUGAAGCACAUGAAACUGUACCGGGUGGUGGGCCUGGUGGCGAUCUGCCUGCUGACCGUUCCGUUCAUCUUCUAUCAUCUGCUGCUGAGCGCCGAAUCGGGUGUACCGCAUAACGACAUCCACCGGACGCGGUCGCAGCUGGACACGUUCGAGGAGAUCAGUCCGCUGAAGGCAGCGGAUCUGAAGCUGCGGAUCGAUGAAAUGCUACGCAUCAAGGGCACGGUAUCGCUUGAGUUGCGCGAUCUCGAGUCACGUCGUCAAAAGCUACAGUCCGACAUUGGGCUGUACAACCAGAAGAUUGACGAACUGAAGCAGGAGCUUUCCCGCCAGCAGACGGAGCUGGAUCGGUUGAAGAUUUCCGUCGAACAGGCUCAGGUUGCGCAACGGGAGGCGGUCCUACGCAACACACCCGAACUGGCUCUCCCGAAGGCCCUGUUCUCGGACUCCCUACCGGCCGUGGUGCGUCCGGCGGGAGGCGAGCAACGAAGGGCCUGCAAGAUGAGCUCCUGUUUCGAUCAUUCCCGGUGCAGCCUGACGUCCGGCUUUCCGGUGUACCUGUACGAUCCGGAUGCGGCACCCGUCGUGAGCGCAGGGUACGAUAUCGAUGGGUUCCUCAAGACUACCAUCAAGCAAACGCUCGGCUACAAUGCGCACUUGACGACCGAUCCGAAGAAGGCGUGCGUUUUUCUGGUCCUGGUCGGUGAAGCACUGCCCGAGCACGAGGCGGUGAUGAAGAACAAUCGCUACAACGGACCGCAGCCACAGGCCACUGAUCGAUCGUCUGCGGCAGAGAUGGGUAGCUUGAACACUACGCGCCUUCGGUCGCUCCCGUACUGGGGUGGCGAUGGUCGAAACCACGUGCUGCUGAACUUUGCGCGUCGAGAGAUCGGAACCGGGGCCGGGGACAUUUUACGCGGCACAGCCGACCUCGACACCGGCCGGGCGAUGCUGGUACAGUCGAGUUUCGAGGAGCAUCAGUUCCGUGCCGGAUUCGAUCUAAUUGCACCGCCAAUCCUGGGACCACCGGGGGGUGACGUUUGGCAGGAAUGCGUCCCGAUGCUACCGGCCCGCCGCAAGUAUUUGCUCAGCUUCCAGGGGGAGCUGCUGAAUGGGCAGAACGGAACGAUGCCGGCGCACGGCAACGAUGACACGGAAUCGGAUACCGUCGACGAGUUCAUUAUCGAGCACCUGAAGGAGAUGUCAUCGGGGCGAACACAGGAUCACUUUAUGCUGCAGUUUGAGUGUGUGCCGGCCACGGAACAGCGAAGCCCGACAAACGUGCGCGAUUGGUCACUGUGUGGGACGGACAAUUCGCGCAAGUCCGUGUUGAAGGAGUCCACAUUUGCGUUGCUGCUGGCACCGAGCGGAACCGCCGUCAGCUCGACGUUACUGCAGGCGCGGCUCUACGAAGCCCUCCGGGCCGGAGCCAUUCCACUCAUCCUCGGUGGUGACCAAGUGACACUUCCCUACGCCGAAACGAUCGAAUGGCGCCGAGUGGUGAUCGCACUACCGAAGGCGCGCAUCACCGAGCUGCACUUUCUGCUGCGGGCCAUUCCCGACGCUGAUCUGCUGACGAUGCGACGUCAGGGGCGACUCGUCUGGGAACGUUACCUCAGCUCAGUGCAGUCCACCGUCGACACGAUCAUCGCCAGCCUGCGCGAUCGACUGGGUAUCCCACCGAAACCGGUUCCGGCCGUGGUAGCGCACAGUGUGUUCAACGCGUCGUUUGUGCCGCUCAAAUCGGAUCCCGUGAUCGACAGCGAACCGGAAGAAUCGCUCGGCCCGAUCGAACCACCGUACCCGAGUCCAGCCUUCCGGCGCAACUAUACCGCGGCGUUGAUGCAGUCGCGCGAAAUGUGGAACGAUUGGGCCGAUCCGUUCGCGCUCUACCCGCAGCUACCGUUCGAUCCGGUCCUACCGUCGGAUGCUAAAUUCGUGGGAUCGCACAUGGGCUUCCGACCGAUCGGAAAGGGAGCCGGUGGGGCCGGCAAGGAGUUUGGGGAAUCGCUGGGCGGUAACUAUCCGCGGGAACAGUUCACGAUCGUCAUCCUGACGUACGAGCGGGAGCAGGUGCUGAUGGAUUCGCUCGGCCGGUUGUACGGAUUGCCGUACCUGCACAAGGUGAUCGUCGUAUGGAACUCACCGAAACCACCGCUGGAAGAUUUGCGGUGGCCCGACAUCGGGGUGCCGGUGCACGUGGUACGGGCACCGCGCAAUUCCCUCAACAAUCGCUUCCUACCGUUCGAUGCGAUCGAAACGGAAGCGGUCCUGUCCGUUGACGACGAUGCACAUCUCCGGCACGAUGAGAUUCUGUUCGGAUUCCGGGUGUGGCGUGAACACCGAGAUCGGGUGGUCGGUUUCCCGGGGCGCUUCCACGCCUGGGACGUGAACACACUCGACUCGUGGAACUACAACUCGAACUACAGCUGCGAGCUGAGCAUGGUGCUGACCGGGGCCGCCUUUAUCCACAAGUACUACACCUACCUGUACACAUACGCGCUGCCGCAGGCCAUCCGCGACAAGGUGGACGAGUACAUGAACUGCGAGGACAUUGCGAUGAAUUUCCUGGUGUCGCACGUAACACGCAAACCACCGGUCAAGGUGACCUCCCGGUGGACGUUCCGGUGUCCCGGUUGUCCAGUGUCGCUCAGCGAGGACGAUACCCACUUUCAGGAACGCCACAAGUGCAUCAAUUUCUUUACGAAGGUCUUUGGCUAUACACCGUUACUAAACACGCAGUACCGGGCGGACUCGAUCCUAUUUAAAACGCGCAUCCCACAUGACAAACAGAAAUGCUUUAAAUUUAUCUAAACUCCGAAUCUUUAUACUUCUCAUCGACCACAUACGCGCACAUUAAACAAAUUCAUUCCGUCCGUGUGUCAGCAGGCGGCACGAUGUUGGUGCGGACCGUGAAGAGUUACCAAAGCCAGCGCACCCGCGAUGGAUGUUCCGGAAUGCGAUCUGCCUACGUCACUAGGACAAAACUCACAGCUGGCUGCUCUUUAGAUGAUUGUUGCGACGUAGCAUAAUGAAACGAUUGAAAUUAUUUCGACGCUACGCGGGGUGAUGAUGCUUUAGCAUCUCGUUAUCUUCGAUUACGACGAUGUCUCAUUGACUUGACUGUGAAAGAUGCCAUGCGUAGAUUAGGAACCGUAUUGUAGUGCACAGAUAAAUUAAAUAAUGUUCUUAUAUCUGUCCGAAGAUAUGUACACAAAUGCUAACACAAUAUGGCGCAUUAGCUACGAGUAAAUCGAGUUGUUUUCAAAGGCUACCGAGUUUAAGGAAGAGAUUCUGUGUACUGUUGAGCUGCUAUCGGAAAUACCGGAUCGGAUCCGGUUAGAAGUUAACACCGUACGACAACGUCACCAAAACGAUCGUGGCAGCUAGGUUUUAUGGUUUUUAGCGAUACGAUUAAGUAGACAAACAACGUUAUAAAACAUGUACGGUUAGGUUAAGCUUACAGUUGUAGUUAUGAAACUAAACAAAAGAAAAGUAGCUUCUUAAGACUCGACUGUACACGCAUCGAUUCGAUUAGGCCGAUCAGAGCAUUUUUACUUGUGUUUUACCCUGGACCCGACCCCAGCAAAUCCUUCGUUAGCAAACGAUAGCUGAAGGUAUACGUAAUGCAUUAAGUGUUGUAAAGUUCUUUUCGAAUACAACUUUCAUGAUAU